CGAUGGCGGCUUAUGAAAAUGAGCCUAAGCUAAGGGCAAUGGUGGAUGGUUUGCAAAUCAGUUCCACUGUUGUGGUGCCAACAAUUACACAGACUGGCUCAAGACCAUGUUUGGGCAGGUUGUUCCAUCAAGCUGUUACAUUCGCAUCACAGAGAUGAGUGGAAGAAAUACUUCAUCCCAAACAACAACUAUCAAUACUCUGGGCUGUCCUGGGGUAAUGUCAUUGUGGAUUGAAGACCAUAUUUCAACUAUUGGAGGAGUUGGUGUUGGCUUUGUGUUUGCACAGGUAAUUGGGAUUGUGGUUUCCUGCUCGUAUAUAAAGAUCCUCCGAGAGAAUUAUAUACCAGAUUACUAGUGGCAUAAAUGUUUUGUUAAUUAAAUUUCAUGUAGAACUGGAUACCUGAAGAAUCAAUAAACAUUCACCUGGCAACUUU